AUGCCGGCAAGCGGCUCAUGGCACGAUUCUGCAAAGGGCAUGCAGGGUUUUGAGGGUGAAGAUGACGGGGUUGGUGAUGGUUACUUGUUCUUGAGACUGGAGAUGAACGAAGAGAUUAAAGUUUCGUAUAUUAAGGGUUAUGCAGACUCUGCGGACGCCAUUGAGGACUUGCCACGUCAGAGGGAUUCAGUCAGGGCACCAAACCGGGGAAAUCUGGAAGCUGGUGACUGUUCAUCGGAAUGUCUCCUUGUUGACGGAGAGUACAGAUCUGGUGCGAUAUGCAUAUGCAUACCAUUUCUGCGUAGAGUCUCCGCUCUAGACCAAACGCCCAUCUAUCCAGGAAACGAAAUCUAUCUUGCACCAUUGAUCAGACACAAACUUACACCGUCAUUUCGCACCGACAUCCGCUCAGGCAGGAUCAUCAUCUGUCAGACAAGAUCCAAGAUCCCAAACCAAGGCAACCAGGCAUAUCGCUAG